CGGUCAGUGUUUGAUUCAGUGUCGCUCGAAUCGCGUCAGUGUAGACACGUUGUCGGGGUGUUGCUGCAAUAUCAAAACUCCGUACCGUUCCGCGAUUGGAAUGGUUCAGUGGUGAAUAGAAGUGAAGGAUAAAGGUGUAAUAGUGUGUGGUUAUGUGGCGGCGAGUGAUAUGACAGCGUGCGCCGCCAGACGGAUACCGGCCGUCUUCAUGAGGAUACUGGUGACAAGUCUGGCCCCGAGAUCAUGGUGGCUCCCGAUUCCGAGGCUCCUUCGAAUCCUCGGAUAGCUACCGCUACACACGAGAGCCCUUCCGCCGCUGAGGCGCGCCACAGCGCCGAUCUUUACAUACGAACUAGCUGGGUGGAUGCAGCAUUAGCACUAUCCGAGCUCGAAAAGGGCAACAUCGAGGGUGGCCGCACGUCGCUGUGGAUACGGGCGUGGCUGCAGGAGCAGCUGUUCAUCCUCGGUUGCUUCCUCCAAGGCGACGCGGGGAAGGUCCUUUUCGUUGCUAUCCUCGUGCUAUCCACAUUCUGUGUGGGCCUCAAGUCCGCCCAGAUACACUCUCGGGUCGAUCAACUCUGGGUACAAGAGGGUGGGAGGCUGGAGGCCGAGCUGAAGUACACAGCGAAGGCGCUGGGCGAGGCGGAUUCUUCAACGCACCAGCUCAUCAUACAGACUGCGAAGGACCCCGACGUCUCCCUGCUGCACGUCGGUGCUUUGCUUGCACACCUAAAGGUUGUACAGGCGGCAACGCGGGUCACGAUUCACAUGUACGACAUCGAGUGGCGGCUGAAGGACCUGUGCUACAGCCCCAGCAUCCCAGACUUCGAAGCCUACCACAUAGAGAAAAUAUUCGACAACAUCGUACCCUGCGCUAUCAUCACACCGCUAGACUGCUUCUGGGAAGGCUCAAAGCUAUUAGGACCAGAAUACCCUAUUGUCGUUCCAGGUCUGCAACAAAGAUUGACAUGGACGCACUUGAAUCCCUUAGAAGUAUUGGAAGAAGUAAGGAAGCUGAAAUUCCAGUUUCCAUUGAGCACUAUGGAGGCUUACAUGAAGAGGGCCGGCAUCACGUCAGGCUACAUGAAGAAGCCGUGCCUCGACCCCACCGACGCGCAUUGUCCCAACACCGCACCCAACAAGAAAUCCGGACAUGUACCAGAUGUGGCCGCAGAGUUAUCUCACGGUUGCUACGGGUUCGCGGCUGCGUACAUGCACUGGCCAGAACAGCUGAUAGUGGGGGGAGCUACGCGCAACACAACGAGUGCACUGCGCAGCGCACGCGCACUCCAGAGUGUUGUGCAGCUGAUGGGCGAGCGCGAGAUGUUCGAGUACUGGGCAGACCAUUACAAGGUUCAUCAUAUCGGCUGGACACAGGAGAAAGCGGCUGCUGUGUUAGACGCAUGGCAGAGGAAGUUUGCUGCCGAAGUAAGAAAAAUGACUGCAACGGAAUCAGUGUCUCCGGCGUACAGUUUCUAUCCGUUCUCCACGUCCACGCUUAAUGAUAUUCUUGGAAAAUUCUCCGAGCUCUCACUCAAGAACAUCAUAUUGGGUUAUAUGUUUAUGUUAAUAUAUGUGGCGGUGACACUGAUGCAGUGGCGCGACCCCAUCCGCUCGCAGGCGGGCGUGGGCAUCGCGGGCGUACUCUUGUUGUCUAUUACCGUUGCCGCCGGACUAGGUUUUUGUGCUUUAUUAGGUAUACCAUUCAAUGCGUCAAGUACUCAGAUAGUGCCGUUCCUAGCACUAGGUCUGGGUGUGCAGGAUAUGUUCCUUCUCACGCACACGUAUGUGGAGCAAGCGGGAGAUGUGCCGCGUGAAGAGCGCACCGGAUUGGUGCUCAAGAAAUCUGGUCUGAGCGUACUUCUGGCGUCACUGUGCAAUGUUAUGGCGUUUUUAGCGGCUGCUUUGCUUCCUAUACCGGCUUUGAGGGUCUUCUGUUUACAGGCUGCAAUUCUCCUCAUGUUCAACCUGGGCUCGAUGCUGCUGGUGUUCCCAGCUAUGAUAUCACUGGACCUGCGCCGGCGCUCCGCCGCACGCGCAGAUCUACUCUGCUGUCUCAUGCCUGAAUCUCCUGUUAGAACUAGGAAGCUUCCAGAACGUUCCGGACGCAGUGGAAGGAAUGAUAAAAGCAACUGGAAGGAUACAACUCGUCAGCCUUUGGACCCCGAGGUGGCUGGGGAUGAAGCUAAGACUUGCUGCAUCAGUCUAUCUCUUACCAAGUGGGCUAAGAAAUAUUAUGCUCCGUUCAUUAUGCGGCCCUCUGUAAAAGUGACUUCAAUGUUAGCGCUGAUAGCAGUAACACUAGCUAGCCUCUGGGGAGCCACAAAAGUUAAAGAUGGUCUAGACCUCACAGAUAUAGUACCCGAAAAUACAGACGAACAUGAAUUCCUAUCACGACAGGAGAAAUACUUCGGCUUCUACAACAUGUAUGCUGUAACUCAAGGCGACUUCGAAUAUCCAACCAAUCAGAAAUUACUCUACGAAUAUCACGACCAAUUUGUACGGAUACCGAAUAUUAUAAAAAAUGACAACGGCGGACUGACAAAGUUCUGGCUAAGUCUAUUCCGGGAUUGGUUGUUGGAUUUGCAGGCAGCAUUCGAUAAAGAAGUCGCCAGUGGUUGUAUAACACAAGAAUAUUGGUGUAAAAAUGCAAGCGAUGAAGGAAUAUUAGCCUACAAAUUAAUGGUGCAAACAGGACAUGUCGACAAUCCUAUAGACAAAUCUCUUAUAAGCACAGAUACGAAAAAUGGUCAUAGAUUAGUUGACAAAGAUGGUAUAAUAAAUCCGAAAGCAUUCUAUAAUUAUUUAUCAGCUUGGGCUACAAAUGAUGCGUUGGCUUACGGAGCAUCUCAAGCAAAUUUGAAGCCACAACCGAAAAGAUGGACACAUUCGCCCGGUGACGUUGAUUUAAAAAUACCUAAAUCAUCGCCAUUGAUUUAUACACAGUUACCGUUUUACUUAUCCGGGCUCAGUGAUACGGAUAGCAUAAAAACAUUGAUAAUGUCUGUAAGAGAGCUUUGUUUGAAAUUUGAAGCUAAAGGAUUGUCUAAUUUCCCUUCGGGGAUACCUUUCUUGUUUUGGGAGCAGUACCUAUAUUUACGGACUUCAUUACUUCUGGCUUUGGCUUGCGCGUUGGCCGCUGUGUUUGUGGCAGUAAUGGUCCUCCUGCUGAACGCAUGGGCGGCGCUGCUGGUGACGCUGGCUCUGGCGACGCUGGUGCUGCAGCUGCUGGGUGUGAUGGCGGCGCUGGGCAUCAAGCUGUCCGCCGUGCCCGCGGUACUGCUCGUGCUGGCCAUCGGCCGCGGCGUACAUUUCACUCUGCAUUUGUGCCUUGGUUUCGUAACAUCAAUCGGAUGCAGACGACGUCGCGCCUCUCUCGCACUGGAGUCAGUCCUUGCGCCAGUAGUACAUGGUGCGUUGGCAGCAGCCCUCGCCGCUUCAAUGUUAGCGACCAGCGAGUUUGGAUUCGUCGCCAGGUUGUUCCUGAGGCUCCUGCUGGCUCUAGUUAUACUGGGCUUGGUGGACGGACUGCUGUUCUUCCCUAUUGUACUGUCCAUAUUGGGACCUACUGCUGAGGUGCGACCACUAGAACAUCCAGAAAGGUUAUCAACACCAUCACCCAAAUCAUCACCGGUUCAUCAACGUAAGACGAGUUCCAGCGAGAAGCCAAGCCGCACUAAAUCAGCGCCGCGGCCAAGCGCGCCUUCUCUCACCACCAUCACUGAAGAACCUCCCAGCUGGCACAGCUCGGCGCCUUCCGUCCAGUCCUCCAUGCAGUCUAUAGUUGUCCAACCUGAAGUGGUAGUGGAAACCACCACAUAUAAUGGCAGUGACUCCGCCUCAGGACGGUCUACUCCUACUUCGAAGACCACGCACUCUGGUGCUAUUACUACCAAGGUCACUGCAACGGCUAAUAUAAAAGUAGAAGUAGUGACACCUAGUGACAGAAAGUCGAGGCGAUCGUAUCAUUACUACGACCGGCGCAGGGACCGGGACGACGACCGCGACAGAGACAGGGAAAGAGACCGGGAAAGGGAUAGAGAUCGGGGUGACCGCGAGAGAGAUAGAGACAGAGAGAGGUCCAGAGAAAGAGAUAGGAGAGAUAGGUACAGAGACGAAAGAGAGCAUCGCGCUUCCCCAAGAGAAAACGGACGAGAUUCCGGACACGAAAGUGACUCCUCUCGUCAUUAAAAUUUAAUGAACAAUAUGGUUAUAAUAGUGACGUUCGUGUUUUGGUGUAUUUAAUACGUCGAAUGUAAUGACAUCUUUACCUAAAGUUUAAUGAAAUCUCUUUA